UGAUGUUUGUAAUACUUUGUAAAUUAUUAAUAAUUGGUUUAUAAACCACCUAUAAACAUUACUUAGAUGUUUAUAGUAGCGUUAGGGUAAGGUUUUUAUAAAAUUGACAAUUUAUUUAUGGCCUAUAUGCUAUUUAUAAAUGAUUUAAAUAUUAAUAAACUAUCUGCUUACCAUUCAUAAAUGGUCAAUUUACCAUUUAUGGUUAUUGUAAAGUGUUACCAGUCAUUUUAAACAGCUCAUGUUUGCAUGAUGGUUGGCAGCCAUGCUCCAAAUCAGACCAUUUUCAAGCCUCAUCUUUAUUUUCUUUCUAGGCUUAUAAAGUUGCAUCCCUGCCUCAGUCUCACCUUUGGCCUCAGUGGAGUGGAGUCAUCUGAGAGGACAUGAAGUCAGCUGGGGUCUGAGGAACAUGCUGGAAAAAAACCAAACAAACACAGAAUCAUUCAGAAUCAUUUCUGAACCACGUGACCGUCAUUUCGUAUUUACUUUGUGGAAAUCCACCGCCUCGGUUUGAGUGUGUAUGUGUGUGCGUGUAAGCGAGACCCGUGUAAGUGUUUGAGUGUGCACCCUCUAACACCAGCCACGGGGACGCAAGAGUCCAGGGAAAUUAUUGUCCUUUAUGUUCAUUUUGACUCCCGUCCCACUGAGCAAAAGACGUAUAUUAGACGUCUAGUCUAAAUUUAUACUUCAUUUUAACGUCUACAUAUAGACCGAAUCUCCCUCAACUUCAUUUUUCGAUAACUUUUUAUGCAAUAAACAACUGUAAUGUGCAUAACUGACCUUUUAAUACUGGAUUACAUUACUUAUGAUACCGUGGAGAGAUAUGCAGCAUAGUAUAGAUGUAGACGUCAUUUACACGUGUAAAUUUACACUUCAUUUUAACGUCUACAUAUAGACCGAAUCUAGACAACCGAUUUUAAUCCACAAUUCAAGAGUUGAUUAUUUAAAAUGAUAACUGAACGUUGCAGAAUUGAUCUCAAUCUAUGGGACUAUCAUACUCCGGAGAGUAACCAGUGUUUUCGCCAUAUCCCGUCAAAAUGCAUAGACGGCAAAAAAAAAAAACAGCUUCGGAUCUUAAAGCCUGGGUCCUGCUGAGUACUCGACAACAAAGUUGGUCGCUGAAAUUCAAUUUAAUUCUUAGAUUUCAUGUGUUUUAUCCGUCUCGGUAACGUCAGCUGCCACCGUGACAAUAAUCCAGCCACUUUAUUGGUGGAGCACGCUCACGUGACCGACCGUGCAACCACUUUGGGUAGAUUCUAAUUCCGCCAAGAGCGAAGUAGUCCGUAGAUAAAAGUUAUCGGCAUAGCCGCAAUACUACGAGAUGAGCGACAAAAAGUAUUUGGUAGCUUUGCAAAAGCCCAGCUUUACAUCCGUAUGGAGAUGAUACCAUAAUCGGACCAUAACAUGAAAACGGCUUCAAAUUGUGGACCGCACAACAUCCGGCUGAAGCAUUGCGCUUUGUCCACACUCGACCUCACGACCGUCGGAGUACAGCAGAAAUUCCACGAGUCGCGGAGUUCAAGAGUCGUACUUUCUGCUGAAAAGAGGUGGGUGCUGAAGCAGAUAUUAUAGAACAUGUUUAUUUGUAAGCUUUGGUCCUCCCAUCGUCGUGCAUCAUGAUGCGUGACGGUGAAAUACAUUUACAGCAAACGUUAAACUCGAGUUCGCAUGUAGCCUAUGAUUACUAGAUAAUUUCUACCAUUACUAUGAUUCAAGUCCAUGCUAACGCGUGUUGUCAUGAAAGUAAAGAAGGGCCUGCUCUCUCUGUUGGAGCCAAGUUUAAGAGCUGCUAGUUAGGCUAUCCAUUUAAAUUAGAAAAUGAAGCCUAUUUUGAUGCCAGUACUGUUGUUUUUGUUUAUCCAGUGUUAUUUUUUUAUAUAGUUAAAUUUCUGUUUAACUGUAAUUGUCAUAAAUGUUUUUUUUCCACUAUGUGUGGUAGAAAUGGGACGCAUUAGUUGAAUUAUUAAAAUAUUACUUUGUUAAGGCAUUAGCAGUGCUAUAGGAAAUGCUAGUAGUAAAAAUCUAAAAGCAUUGGUACUGACAUAUUUUUUUUACCAAGAGCAAAAGGUAUUCAUUAUGCAUUAUGUCCUGCUUCACAAGUUGCCAAUUGUACUAAAAAAUAAAAAAAAAACAAUUUUAUAAAGGUUGAUCUACAAGCUCACACUGUUAUUAACAUUAUUAUUGUUCUACUUUAUUUUUUCCAUGUGUUUUCUUUUCAGCCACAUUGAAUAUGGCCUCUAAUUAUUUGAAAGAAGAGCCUGAUAAUCAAGAGGACUACAGUUAUAGUGAAUAUCCAGACACAAGUGAUGAAGAAACCGAGCUUGUUGACUUGGAAUCCCAAACCGGAGAUGAACUGUCAAGCCUAAGAGAGGAUGUGGCAGCUUGGGCUGUAGAAACAAAGCAGACUCACAGUAGUGUUAAUAAGAUGUUGGCGAUCCUCCGCAAACAUGGCCACAACUUGCCCAAAGAUGGCCGCACACUAUUGCAGACUCCGUGUUUUGUGGACAGUAAAAAAAGUAAGAGUGGCAUAACUAAAGUACAAAAUGUUAUGUAAUGUAUUGUAAUUAUUGAAUUUUAUGUUACUAAAUCAUAUCUUUUCACUAAGAGUUCCAGCGGGCUGUCGUGGAAAUACUUUUGGAAAUCCGCGAUGAAGUGAAAUCGCUCAACCAGCAGGGGGACAUUGAAGAUGGGGGUGAGCAGAUACGUCAGUUGCCGUUAAGGACUUUGGAGGAGGCUCAGCGCAUGUCAUUGGAAAUCGAUAGGCACCCCAACAUAAAACGUUCACUGGUAAGUCAAAUAGAGAUGCUAAAAAUCAUGCAAAUCUAUACAUUAGACACUCUUGAUAAUUUGGUUACAUCAAACAGAUAAAACAACUGUCACACCUUGGCAGGAAGGACAUUAAGACCUGCACACGCAAGAUCCUGGACAGGUAUGAAUAUGACUACUUUAAAAUGAAUGCAAGACAAUGUAAUGGUCAAUGUUAUUAAUAUAAUCAUGUAUUGUUGGUGUUUAUCAAGUCUUUCUAGAGACUUGCAAGAGUAAGCAAUAUUAAGGUGCAUUCACACAGGCACUUGCGCAACGGCGGCAAGGGUUUCUCUGACGUUUUAGGGACUUGUUCAGCAAAUAAAGAGCAGCGCUGGACACGGUAUCCGACAAGAUCGAGGGGAAACCUAGAGUGGGCGUGACGUAAUGCACAACGCAAAUGACUGUGGCAAAGUGACACGUUUAAGGACAUGUGACGCAAUGGCCCCUCGAGACGUGACAAGUUGAGUCGCCUGUCUGGUGUGAACGCACCUUAAGAGAUUUAUUUGUCUUUGAUAUCCAUUUCAGAAUUUUACACAAUGACGUGCAGAGGAAGUACAACCUCCUGGGUGGAGGACGCCAGGGGAAAAAAAGCUUAAAGAAAACUGCUUUCUUCACAGUUAUUCUUGGUAAAUGAAUUAUAUCUCUGCAAGUUAUUACUUAUUCUUGGUCAUGUUACUGACUCAUUUAAAGCCUGAAGCUGUAAAAAAGUGAAGAAUCCUUCCAGACAUUACUAGAUAAUUUCUACCAUUACUAUGAUUCAAGUUUCUUUUGUUUUUUUCUUUUCGCAGAGUCUGUUCGCAUUAACUUCCCGACAGCAACAGAGGAACUGGUCGCAGCAUCGAUUGGGGACCAUUUGAAACAGGCACCAGCUCGAUGUGGUGGGAGGUGCACCACCAGAACAUCACCCUGCUAAUUUUUAAAAAAUAUAUAUCUUAAAAUUGUUAUUAUUUAUAGUUCAUUUCAGUACUUUUGUGUUCUGUUUAUGUACUGUGGUACAAGGCUGCACAAUAUUGGAAAAAACUAACAUUGCGAUUUUUUUCAACCCUGCGAUAUAUAUUGCGAUAUUAAAAAUAAAGGAAUUUUCACCAGAUGACCUGAAUAGCAUUUAAUGUUAUGCAGCAACGCUGAAGUCUUGAGGACAGUUAACCUGCUCUGAUCUUACCUCUUUUUGUGAAUGUUAGUAGAAUGGCUUCUGUCUGUCUCAGAGAUAUUUUUAGCUCUUCUUGUUCUGGGACGUUAUUGUGGCAAUAAUUUGGAAACGUGAAGGGGGAGCUGCUGCUGCCCGGUGUUUACGGUAAAUAGACGCAAACACCCACCAAGCGGACACUUCGGUCUCCGAAAACGCCGAGACAAAUCUACAAAACAGCCACUAUUUCAAACAACUGGGCUCAUAAUCGUGAUGUAAACACUUACUUUCUCGCUAGAAAAAAUACUAUUAUUGAAUGAAUUUAUAUAAUUUGUCUGGAAUGCAGUCGUUCUGUGUUGCUUGUGGUAGGACUAUUUAAAUUUUCCCGGCGCUGCGUCCGGCCGGCACGAAAUGCAUUCUGGGGUAUUUAGUAUGCAUCUGUAUGUAAACGCUCGGGCAGCCACGGCAUACUCAAAUCAUCUUUGAGUAGUCAGUAUGCAGUAGGUACUGCUUGAGUAGCUAAGUCGAUAUGAGGCAGUAUGCCAUUUCGGACACAGCCAGUGUCUCCCUUUGUCCUGUGCCAGAGUGUCUCGUUUAGUCGUGGUCCUCCAGCCUUCAUGUCCACAGCCUUGCUUGAUAACCACGUUUGUAUUUUUGAUAAUCCUUGUUUCCUCUUUAGGAGAGUGAUUUUCUGUUGUAGUUUUUUCCCUGUUUAGUUUCUAGAUCAAGCUUUAUAGCUUUAUAAGGUGUAUUUGUAUACUUUUGACUGCCUAUAUGAAAAAGUUUGAAGACAAAUGAGUCCAUUAAAAAUUUUAUUUUGUAGAGAAUAACUACAUAACA